UCUGGACGUCUUUUCCCCUGAUGGAACCAUGCUCCGGGCACGCAAUUAUAGGAGUUACAAGGUUGCGGAAGAUCAUUGAUACCUAAGCCUGAUUCACACCUUGAAAUCUUGGCAAGGUCCCGAAGUAUCGAUGGAUGCCAAGACUAAUCGGUUGCGAUCCACUUUCGCUCCGCGCUCAAAGGGAACCAGGUUGACUAGCAUCAUUUAACCUCUGAGAAAUCCAAAUAAAUCUCCGGCUACAAGUUAUUGAAUAUGAUGACCAUGUCCAAGAGUUGAUACGUGCCGGAUUUGGUUUUUUUCUUCUUCUUUUUUUCCGCAACAGAUUCGUCCCCGGGAUGCCGCUCCCGCCCAGUCUGACCUGGCUGAAGAGUCUGUCCAAGUCGCCAACUGUUAGCCAGCUACAAAAAGUAGCCCAGGCCUGCGGGGUCUCGAGCAAUGGGACGAAGCGAGUCGUCACUGACCGCAUCGUCGCCAGUCUCGCCAGCCCCCGGGUCUUGUCCGCCAAUGAUCGCAUACUGAGCAUAGACAUGGGCCUGCGGAACUUUGCCUUCUGCCUGCUUACGCCGGCCGCAAGCUCCCAUCAAGGACAAGGUCUGGAGCCCAAAGGCUCUGUCGUCGCCUCGUUGGGCAGCAGCGAGGGGGCCACAGAGGCCAGGAAACCUCCGCCGCUCACGCUGCAAGACUGGAAAGUCCUCGACCUGGCCGAGAGCAGCGUGGACAUUAAGAACAACCAAGCCCUCAGCCCUGUCGCGGUGGACCUCAUAAACCGCCAUCUGCUUCCCCUGAAUCCCACCCAUAUCCUCAUAGAGCAGCAGCGAUAUCGCUCUGCCGGAGCCGCGGCGGUGCAGGAGUGGACUCUACGAGUGAAUGCGCUCGAGGCGAUGCUGCAUGCCAUCCUGACUGCGAUGCGAUCCUUGGGGGUGUGGAAUGGCGAGGUGACGGCCGUAGAUCCUAAAAAAGCGGCACCCUUUUUCUUUGACGAGGUUCGAAGAGUGCCAUCUAAGCAGCUCAAGAAAAUGAAGAUUGAUCUACUGGGUGAAUGGAUCUCGACAAGGGAUGCCAAGUGUUUGGAUCUGGGGAGCCCACAUGUGACUAAAUUAGCCGCAUCUUUUAUUGAGCACUGGAAGCCGGUAAAGGGGACUCGGAGAGGCAAACUAAAAGCUGCCGAGGGCAAUGGCGAGAAAAAUUUCAGAAAGCUCGACGAUCUUACAGACUGCAUCAUUCAAGGAGCAGCCUGGGCGAGCUGGCAGCAAACUAGGCGUAUACUAGCGCACGAGGGGAUAAAAGAGAAACUGGCUGGCCUGAUCGAGCAAAAAUAGUAAUAAACAUCCAACUUGUGGUGCAAACAGGUGGGUAUAUUUUGUCUUUUGGAUAUUAGGUUUGCCAAAAAUCCAUUCUAAUCAUAAUCGUCACCAUACUCGUCAUAUCUCCCCUCCUGGCGCUGGG